AUGGCAACCAACAUCACAUUCCACAACGCCGCCUUCACGCGCGCUGAGCGCACCAAACUCCGUGGCCAGCGUGGCCUCACCAUCUGGCUCACCGGUCUCUCUGCGUCCGGCAAGUCCACCGUUGCCGUCGACCUCGAGCACUACCUCCUCGCCGAGCGCGGCGUCGCCGCCUACCGUCUCGACGGAGACAACGUCCGCUUCGGCCUCAACAAGGAUCUCGGCUUCAGCGAGGCAGACCGCAACGAGAACAUCCGACGCAUUGCAGAAGUCGCCAAGCUGUUUGCCGACAGCAACACUAUCGCCAUCACCUCCUUCAUCUCGCCGUACCGAAAGGACCGCGACACCGCGAGAGCUUUGCACGAGGCUCCCACGCAAGGUGGACCCGAGGGCGGAGAGGAGGGUUUGCCUUUUGUUGAAGUCUUCAUUGAUGUUCCCGUCGAGGUUGCCGAGCAGAGAGAUCCCAAGGGAUUGUACAAGAAGGCCAGAGCUGGUGUGAUCAAGGACUUCACCGGCAUCAGCGCCCCAUAUGAAGAGCCAUUGAAGCCCGAGGUCCAUGUACGAAACGUUGAUAUCCCCGUGAGACAAGCUGUGGAGCAGAUUGUUGCGUAUUUGGACAAGGAGGGCUACCUCCCUCCUAAGCCCGAGGCAAAGAACUAA